AUGUUAAAAGAUCACAUAUGAACUGAACCUCCUCCCUCUCCAAAACCUAACCCUAAAACUCCUGCUCCUCCUCCUCCUCCUCCUCCUCCUCCUCCUCUCUCUCUCUCUCUCUCUCUCUCUCUAGAUUCUCUCUCUCGCCGUACGGUCGAUGCGCCGUCUGACACCACCCAGAUCCUCCGCUGCUCGCCUCCUCCUUCUGUGCCAAAGUGAGGGUCUUAUUAAAUGCUCUGUUCCUCUCUCUCCUUCUCAACAGUCUCUCCCUAUUUCAUGUCUACCAUCGACAACGCCUCUCUCUCCUCCCCUUCUCUCUGCGCAACUAGGCGGCCUCCUCAAACCCUAGUUUUCGAUCCCUUUUAUAUACACCACUCUCCGUCUCAAUUUCAACGGCAUCAAUCUACACUUAGUUCAAGGCUUUGUUGUUCGCGUGUUUCAGUUAUCUGCCCAUCAUGAGCGGUCCUAAGGUAGUAUUAUUUGGGUCUUUCACUGAGGAUGAAACCAGAUCAUUGCUGAAGUUGCCUGAGAAGACUAAGAAACUUGUGGAAAAGAAAGAACUGCCAGUUGUUUCCUCAAAUGUUGCGACUGAAUUGGUUUUUGGUGGUUUCAGUGGUGAAGCACCCCAUCGGUUUGAUUCUUCCAGGGGGCCAAUAGGUUCUCAGCCCUCUCAUGUUAAUCAGGACAUUGAGGGCAGUAGUAUUGUAACAAAACAUGCUCUCUUGCCAGCAGCUUCAGGAAGUUCAAAGGAAAAUGGAGUCGUGAAGAACUUGGCUCAUUAUCAUCCCAGUAGUAAUGGCAACGAGGAAUCGAGAAAAGAAGAUAGCGUUGAUUUGACUCCUUUGCACUUAUCGGAUGAACGUGCUCCACCGAACCAAUCACGUUUUUCAAAACUGGAAGCCCUUGAUGGUGGAUUUUUGAGGGAAGUAAAGUUGAAUGGGUCUAAUGACUCGAAUCCAUCAGCAACAGUUCCUUUUGAAGAGGUCACGAAGAAUGCAUCUAACGGACAUGUGGCUGUUAGAGACUUCCUACCUCGAGGCUUAAUCAAUUCAGGAAAUUUAUGCUUUCUAAAUGCAACUCUGCAGGCUCUUCUUUCAUGUUCUCCUUUUGUUCAGCUCUUGCAAGGACUAAAAAGUCGCAACAUUCCCAAGGUUGGCUAUCCAACACUAGCUGCAUUUGCCGAGUUUGUUGCCGAAUUUGAUUUGCCCGGAGAUGCAAGCUUAAAGAGGAGAGAUAUUACUGUUCUUGAAACUGGAAGGCCUUUCCGGCCAACCAUGUUUGAAGGGGUGCUGAAGAACUUUACUCCUGAUGUGCCCAAUAGCUUCUCAGGCCGACCAAGGCAGGAAGAUGCACAGGAGUUUCUAAGUUACGUCAUGCAUCAAAUGCAUGAUGAAUUACUUAAGCUUGAGGGACAAGUAUCAAGCUCUAAUGGGGGUCAAUCAUCUAUGGUCUCUUCUGCAGAAGAUGAUGAAUGGGAAACAGUUGGCCGGAAGAACAAAUCUGCCAUCACAAGAACGCAGAACUUUGUUCCUACAGAGCUGAGUUCAAUUUUUGGAGGACAACUGAGAAGUGUUGUGAGAGCAAGAGGAAAUAAAGCCUCAGCUACUGUUCAACCAUUUCUCUUGCUUCAUCUUGAGAUUUCUCAUGAAGGUGUUCAUAGUAUUGAGGAUGCUCUUCGUCUACAUUCUGCCCCAGAAACACUUGAGGAGUACCGAACAUCAACAGUUGGAAAGACUGGGGUUGUGGCUGCCAGAAAAUCUGUAGACAUACAAACAUUGCCAAAGAUAAUGAUAUUGCACCUUAUGCGUUUCAGCUAUGGAAGCCAUGGAAGUACCAAACUGCAUAAAUCUGUACGCUUUCCUCUUGAACUGGUGCUAGGUCGGGAAUUGCUUGUUUCUCCAUCAACUGAGGGUCGAAGAUAUGAACUUGUUUCCACCAUUACCCACCACGGGAGGGAAGCAUCAAAGGGGCAUUACACUGCCGAUGCCCGUUACCCUAAUGGCCAGUGGUUACGUUUCGAUGAUGCGUCCGUCACUGCCAUUGGCAUGAACAAGUUGUUGCAUGACCAGCCGUACGUUCUCUUCUACAAGCAAGUAUCAGGGUAACUAAGACAACAGAGCUGUUGCAUUCAUUCAUUUGAUUGCCACUUGCGAGCGAUUUGCCACUUGCGAGCGAUUUAUGGGUCACUGGAAUCAGAGCUAUUUUUGGCAGACUGCUUUCAUGAAAAUCAUCUCACUCUGCUGGAGAAGACAAUGGAAGAUGUAUGGGAAAUACGUUUUUCGUGAUUUUGUUGUGUCUUAAUUUUAUGAAGUCCAUGUAACUUUACAGAAUUGAUAUUUUAAACUUAAAAUUUUAACGAUGAGAAGAUUUGCGGAUGUUAUUUUUGCA